AUGGAAGCGAAAUUCGAGGAGAUUUAUGGUGUCAAGCCGGUUUAUCGAGUGAAAUGUCCGGGAAGAGUGAAUUUAAUUGGUGAGCACAUCGACUAUAAUGGUUACGGAGUGUUGCCGAUGGCCAUCGAGUUGGGAACAGAGCUUCUUGUGGCGCCCAUAAAUGAGUCGAAGAUCGAGAUGAGAAAUGUGGAGAUCGAGAAAUACGACCCUUUCACAAUGUCGCUUCCAUCGACUUGGUCAGGAGCAUCACCCCCAAAUUGGUUCGAUUACGUUUUGUGUGGAUGGAGGGGAAUCCUUGACUCGAUUCAACAAGCCGAUCAACAAAAGGGAAUGCUGAUCUUGAUGAAAGGCACAAUCCCUCCAUCGUCGGGCCUCUCCUCUUCGUCGAGUCUCGUCUGCGCAGCCGCUCUUUCCACCCUUGCCAUCCAUACUGGGCAUGGGUUCACUGAGAAAUACACCCGAGAGUGGCUGGCCGAUCUUUGUGCGAAAGCCGAGCAAAUGAUUGGCACUUGUGGCGGUGGAAUGGAUCAGGCUAGUGAGAUUCUUUCCCCGAAAGGAGCCGCUCUUCGAAUCGAUUUUAAUCCGUUAAAAUCAAAGCCGGUUCAUUUACCCAACGAUGCGCUCUUUGUUGUGCUACACUCAGGUGAUACCCUAAAUAAAGCAGCCUCUUCGCAUUAUAAUGAGCGGGUGAUCGAGUGUCGCAUCGCUGCUCAGAUCCUUGGAAAGCAUUUGAAUCUCCCGGAAUGGACGAAUUUCCGUAAACUGAAAGAAGUGCAGGAUAAAUCGGGGAAAGAUCUUGCUGAACUAUUGGAAUUGGUGGAGAGUGUGGUGCCGGUGAAUCCGACAGUCGAUGAAGUGAUCGCUUUGAUUGGCAAAGAGAACCUCGACGCUUUACUAUCAGACAACACAAGACACAUGAAAGAGUUCAAAGCGCAGGCACGAGCUUGGCAUUGCUACGGAGAAGCGAAAAGAGUCGCCGACUUUGAGGAAGCCUGCAAGAAUGGAGAUCUGAUUGCAAUGGGGAAAUUGAUGAAUCAAAGUCAUGACAGCCUGAAAGAGAGAUACGAUUGCAGCAGUCCGGGACUGGAUAAAUUGGUCAAUGAGUGCAGAAAAGCUGGCGUUUUGGGCGCUCGUUUAACGGGAGCUGGCUGGGGUGGUUGCGCAGUCGUUUUGGUUGAUAAAAAGCAUCCGACUGAUUUAUCUCAUCUGCAUGUCCUUUUCGAGUCAUCGCCUUGUGAAGGGAUUACCCUGGAAAAGUUU